UUGAGUUGAGGUGGUGGUGCUACUUUACCAUAACCCAUAACCUUUUACCUGUCUUUACCUAGAUGAAAAAACAAUGAAAAAAGUAAUUACCUCUUUACCUUAUUUGUUUGAAUUUAUCAGAGGGAUUUAUAUGUGAUUUAUAGUUAUUUACUUUUUUCUGAACAUCCACACAAUUAAAUAGAUUUAAAUUAUCCUGGAUAGCAAUGUUCAUUUGUACUUUCUUAAUAUCCAAAGAUAACUUAAAUGUUGUAAAACAUUUAAGACGUGUCAGUGUUCAACUACAAAUUAGAAAUAAUAUUUUUAGAAGUCGUAAAUUUAAAAUGUCCGAAAAGGUGAGCCAAAAUAAAACUUACUACUCAGUAGACCCUCAAGUUAAGGGGAAUAAUGAAGGCAAAGAUAAACUCUUAGAAACCUUUCGAAAAAAUUCUAAUAAUACUAUCAAAAGUGAGGUUUCACAUCAUGUUGUACCUGGACGAAGAAUUAGUAAAUCAGAUUUAAGUAGAUUAUUCAGUUUAGCAAAACCCGAAAAAUGGAAAUUAUUAGGUGCAAUCGGAUUUUUAAUCAUAUCCAGUACUGUAACAAUGGCAGUUCCAUUUAGUUUGGGUAAAAUACUCGAUAUAAUUUAUACAAAUAAAGGUGAAGAAGCACAAGCAAACUUAAAUAGAGUCUGUGGAAUUUUAUUUAGUGUUUUUUUAUUGGGUGCAGUAUGCAAUUUCGGAAGAGUUUACUAUAUAUCUAUUGCGGGAUACAGAAUGACACAAGCUCUCAGAACAAAAGUAUUUAAUGCUAUUGUUAAACAAGAGCAAGGAUGGUUUGAUAGAAAAUCAACAGGAGAACUGAUAAAUCGCUUGUCAGCAGAUACGCAAGUAGUGGGGCAAGUUUUAUCUCAAAAUAUUUCUGAUGGUUUAAGAUCCACUCUAAUGGUUUUUGCUGGUACUAGUAUGAUGUUUUAUAUGUCUCCGAAAUUAGCAUUAGUUAGUUUGGGAAUUGUUCCUCCGGUAGCAGGCCUUGCAGUUUUAUAUGGAAAGUAUGUAAGAAAUAUAUCUCGAAGUCUUCAAGAUUCAUUAGCAGAUGCAACAAAGGUUGCAGAAGAAAGGAUUUCAAAUAUGAGAACUGUUAAGGCCUUUGCUCAAGAACGGAGAGAAAUGGAAAGGUACAAACACUCAGUUACAGAUAUUUUAAAUUUAGGAUAUAAAGAAACUAAGGCCAGAGCGAUAUUUUAUGGAAUGACAGGGUUUAGUGGACAAGUAAUAAUUGUAUCAGUACUUUAUUAUGGCGGAGUUAUGGUUUCUUCUGAAGAACUGUCAGUUGGACAUUUAUCGUCUUUUUUACUCUAUGCUGCUUAUAUCGGCAUUUCGAUUGGAGGCCUAUCCAGUUUUUAUUCCGAGUUGAAUAAAUCGAUUGGAGCAGCAAGUAGAAUAUGGGAAAUAAUAGAUAGGCAACCAGCUAUUCCAAUUGCAGGUGGCGUAACACCCGCUGUAGAACCUAGAGGUCACAUCGAGUACAAAAAUAUUAAGUUUAAUUACCCUUCGAGAAAUGAUGUAGAAAUACUUCGGAAUUUAGAACUACAUAUAGAACCAGGAAAAAUGGUAGCAGUAGUUGGGCCUAGUGGAUCAGGUAAGAGUACUCUUGCAGCUCUGUUGUUAAGAUUAUAUGAUCCCUUAGAAGGAGCUAUAUAUUUGGAUGGCCACAAUGUUAAAGACUUGGACCCUGUCUGGCUCAGAGAGCAUAUUGGGACAGUAAGUCAAGAACCUGUUUUGUUUUCAAGUUCAAUACGUGACAAUAUUCUUUAUGGUGCGAGGAAUCCAGACGAAAUUACAGAGGAUGAACUAAUUCGAGUAUCGAAAGAGGCAAAUGUAUAUGAGUUUGUAAAGCAGUUACCUGAUGGUUUUGACACAAUAGUCGGGGAAAGGGGAAUAAUGUUAAGUGGUGGACAAAAACAGAGAAUAGCUAUAGCAAGAGCUCUUAUUAAGGAUCCUAAAAUCCUUCUACUUGACGAAGCAACAAGUGCACUAGACGCGCAGUCUGAGAGAUUUGUUCAAGAAGCAUUGGAGAAGAUAAUGAAAGGUAGAACAGUUCUAACUAUAGCGCAUAGACUUUCUACAAUUCAAAAUGCAGAUUAUAUUGCUGUGCUGCAAAAUGGGGCAAUUAUAGAACAAGGAAGUUAUCAAGAACUGUUAGAAAAGAACGGUGUUUUUAGUGAAUUGAUAAAGCAUCAAACAUUUUAAAAUUCUAUAAAUAAAUUAGCAAAUCCAAUGAAAACGAUGCGACAGUAGGCGUAGAAAAUUCAGUUCGAUGCUUACGCAUUUCUAAAGCUGAACCGUGAUAGCAAUAACAAUACCGGAAUUUUAUUUAAAACUGUCGUUUAAGUGUAAAAAAUAAAUACAAUCUAAACUUAAAACAAUAGUGCUUAAACUUUUUAUAUUUAAUAGUUGUAGUAAUUAAUAGUAAAUUAAUAAAUGUAGUAAAACUCGAACUGUAAUAUGA